AAGCGUCGUCCGUCCAUUCGGAUCCCACCAACGUCUCCAACCCAAACCCCUUCUUUUAUUACUCGCUCCCUCUCCGAUCUCUCUCGCCCUGAUCGCUCUCGACGAACCUUGCAUCGAUGGCCUCCUUCUUCUCCUCCUCCCUUAUAAAUUAACGAAAUCUUCUUGAUUUCGUCGGGUUUCUCCGACUGAUUCCGGCCGGCGGCCUCUUCCGCCAUUGCUCGUGGUAGCACUUGCGUUUCGGUUCUCAAGGCUUUCAGCUAUGGCAAUGAAAUCCUAUAGGUACCAGGCUGAGAUACUGGUUAAAGACUAUUUGCUAGCGGAUCCAUUUGUCCGGUAUACCUCUGUGCUUGGAGGCAUUUUUAUGUGUAAAAUGGCAUAUGAUUUUACACAGUUGAUUAGUUCUUUUUACUUCAAGGGGUAUGCUUCACUUACAAAGAUCCAACGGAUUGAGUGGAACAACAGGGGAAUGUCCAAUGCUCAUGCCGUUUUUAUCACACUUAUGUCAUUAUAUUUGGUAUUCUUCUCGGAACUAUUUUCCGAUAGCAUUGAGGGCCUGGUUACAUUCAGAAAUUCUAAUCUUUCUACUUUUACAUUGGGGGUAUCUGUGGGGUAUUUCAUGACUGACCUUGCAAUGAUAUUUUGGCUUUAUCCUUCCCUUGGUGGAAUGGAAUACGUUCUCCAUCAUGUGCUAUCUAUAAUUUCUAUAUCUUACUCUAUGUUGUCUGGGGAAGGACAGCUAUACACAUACAUGGUCCUCAUCUCUGAGACAACCACCCCUGGGAUUAAUUUAAGAUGGUUUCUUGACACUGCUGGAAUGAAAAGAUCUAGUGCAUAUCUUGUUAAUGGUGUUGCUAUGUUCUUCGCAUGGCUUAUUGCUAGAAUAUUUUUGUUUCUCUACUUGUUUUACCACAUCUAUUUGCACUACGAUCAGAUUCGGCAGAUGCAUACCUUUGGAUACCUCCUCAGUUUUCUGGUGCCCAUAGUAUUGUUUGCCAUGAACAUGAUGUGGUUUGGAAAGAUUCUAAAAGGGCUCAAGAAAAUGCUAGCCAAGCGGCAGUGAGAGUUGAAAUUCUGAUGUUCAUAUGUUACUGAAGUUCACACCUACAACGGUAGAUCCUUGUAAGUUCUCUUGUAAAGUACAAAGGUUUAGGCAAGGCGAAAGAAAGGAAAAUGACAAGCUAACUAGCAAGGGAAUUCGGAUUGUAUCUUUUUCAGUUUCAGCUCAGUUAGCAUACAUGAGAUUCUUAACCUGGUAUAUCUUCACAUGGAUAGCCACAUGGUUCAUGUUAUGCAUCAUGUUGUUCUUUGUGUCGUGAGGUUUUGGCUCAUGGAAUCAUGUACAUGACUCGUGAAAUUUGGUUCUAAGCAGAAGCUUGCAUCUCUAA